UUGUUUGUCCGCGGAGCUGUUUGGCUUCAGACUGAAAAACCAGAGGCGGCCGAAGACGUUCAAACAGACAAAACCCCUUCCAGUUUCUUUGUCACCGAGUCGCGUUGUUACGCAGUUAUACUGCACAUUCAUUAGGUUGUAACUGUGUAAUAACUCUGACAGAGAUGCCGUCCGACAGACCCUUCAAACAAAGGAGGACAUUUGCCGACCGGUGCAAAGAGGUCCAGCAGAUCCGCGAUCAGCACCCCAACAAGAUCCCCGUGAUCAUCGAGAGAUAUAAGGGAGAAAAGCAGCUGCCUGUUCUGGACAAAACCAAGUUCCUGGUUCCUGACCACGUCAACAUGAGCGAGCUGGUCAAGAUCAUCAGGCGUCGGCUGCAGCUGAACCCGACGCAGGCCUUCUUCCUGCUGGUCAACCAGCACAGCAUGGUGUCCGUGUCCACGCCCAUCUCUGAGAUCUACGAGCAGGAGAGGGACGAGGACGGCUUCCUCUACAUGGUCUACGCCUCGCAGGAGACCUUCGGCUGCUAGGGGGGGGGGUGGGGGGAGUGGGGACAU